AAGGAAAUAACCAUGUACAAUUACUCCACCGUGACUGAGUUUGUCCUUGAAGGAUUAACACACCAGCCAGAACUCCAGCUGCCUCUCUUCUUCCUGUUUUUUGGCAUCUACAGUGUCACAGUGGUGGGAAACCUGGGCAUGAUCCUCCUGAUUACUUCAAGUUCCCAGCUCCAGUCUCCCAUGUACUUUUUCCUUGGUAAUUUGUCAUUCUUAGAUCUUUUUUAUUCCUCAGUGGUUACCCCCAAACUCCUGGGAAACUUCAUAUGGGAGAAGAAUGUUAUUUCUUAUCCUGGGUGUAUGGCUCAGCUCUUUUUCUUUUGUGUUUUUGCUAUUGGAGAGUGUUUCAUGCUGACGGCGAUGGCCUAUGAUAGAUAUGUGGCUAUCUGUAAUCCUCUGUUGUAUAGUGUCACCAUGUCCUCAAAGGUAUGUAAAGUGUUGGUCAUUGGAGUCUAUACUAUGGGAAUACUGGGUGCAUUAGCCCAUACAGUUGCCAUGAUGAAAGUUUCCUUUUGUGGGGAAAAUGUGGUCCACCAUUACUUCUGUGACAUAGUUCCUCUUCUAAAGCUCUCCUGCUCCAGCACAUAUAUCAAUGAACUUCUGGUGAUCUAUGUAGGUGGAUUCAAUGUGUUGACAUCAACUUCAACCAUCAUUAUCUCUUAUGCUUUUAUUAUUGUGAAUAUUCUUCGAAUGUCUUCAGCUGAGGGAAGAUCCAAAGCUUUUAGUACUUGUGGCUCUCACUUGAUGGCAGUUGGGGUUUUUUAUGGUUCUAUCAUAUUUAUGUAUUUUAAGCCCUCCUCCAGCAAUAUGGCCCAGGAAAAGGUGGCAUCUGUGUUCUAUACAACAGUGGUCCCUAUGCUAAAUCCCUUGAUCUACAGUUUGAGAAAUAAAGAUGUAAAAAGUGUCUUAAGGAAAAUCAUAGGGAAAAGGUAA